UACCAGGCGCGAGCCCCACUUCCGGCCAUCUCAGGCCUUUUCCGCCAGUGUUCUGCCGGCUUUCUCUCCGCUUUGUAGGUCGUUCCCGGCCCCAGGCCCCGGUCUCGCCGCACCCCUCGCCCGCUCCCGGCGGCUCGCCGCUCAUCGCGAAUCUCUCCGCGGCUCGGAGCGACGCUGCCGUGCGUCUUCGCGGGCGGCCCGGACUGAGGCCUGCAGCUCGUGGUGAGUCCGCGCAGACCUGACCCCGCGCCUCCCCGCAGCUCCGUUGAGGCCGCCGCCGUCGCCUCGGGAUGCCGGGGCCGGGGUCCGCGCAGCGCAGGGCGGCCGCCGCGGGCCGUUGGAGCUGCACGCUGCUCGCGCUGCUGCUGCUGCUGGUGCCGGGGCCCGGCAGCGCCUCCGAGAUCACCUUCGAGCUGCCGGACAAUGCCAAGCAGUGUUUCUACGAGGACAUCACGCAGGGCACCAAGUGCACCCUCGAGUUCCAGGUGAUUACUGGUGGACACUAUGAUGUAGACUGUCGAUUAGAAGACCCUGAUGGUAACGUGUUGUACAAAGAGAUGAAGAAACAGUAUGAUAGUUUUACCUUCACAGCCUCCAAAAACGGGACAUACAAAUUUUGUUUCAGCAAUGAAUUUUCCACUUUCACACACAAAACUGUCUACUUUGAUUUUCAAGUUGGAGAAGACCCGCCUUUGUUUCCUAGUGAGAACCGAGUCAGUGCUCUUACCCAGAUGGAGUCUGCCUGUGUGUCAAUUCACGAAGCUCUGAAGUCUGUCAUCGACUAUCAGACUCAUUUCCGCUUGAGAGAAGCCCAAGGGCGAAGCCGAGCUGAAGACCUGAACACAAGAGUGGCCUAUUGGUCAGUAGGAGAAGCCCUCAUUCUCCUGGUGGUUAGCAUAGGGCAGGUAUUUCUUCUGAAGAGCUUUUUCUCAGAUAAAAGAACCACCACAACUCGCGUUGGAUCAUAACCGUGUUCUGCGAGUCAAUGCACCAUUUGCCACCAUAAUAUUGCUGUCCUCUGGUUAAUUUUAGGUACUGAAGAACUUAAUAUUGGCAACAUUUUUAAACCUUACUCAUACACUUGUUGGGGGGGAUGUACAGCGCAUAUCCCCAAACUGUGGAAAGGACACCUUUUUUAAUUUGUAAAGGUAGAAAAACUUCGGAACUUAUUUUGGGCUCUUCGUGUUAAAUAUUCAGCACCAAUGAUCUUUUCUUGGUUGUUUAUAUCUUCGCACACUAACCUUUGGUAUUUUGAUUCCUUUUAGUCGUUUAAAAAGUACUUUUCUUAUAGGUAGUGGAUAUUUUAAAAACCUUCCAUUUAAUGUCUUUGUGUUGUGGAGGAAGAAAAUUGCCUUUUAAUUGUUUUGUUUUUCAGAAAACCAAAUGUGAUUAAUUGGACCAGGCCCUCAUCUGCAAUGUUUAAUUUGGGCGUGGGGUGAGGGGAGGAGCCACUGUGGAAAUGUUAGUUAAUACUGAUAUAAUUUUAAAUUGAUGGAUCAUGGUAUAAUUUAUUUCCUACUAGCUUGGAAACUGUCAGACUUACAUUUUUUGUCUUCAUUCUGUGAUUUAUAAGCCGAUACGUUCUUUCUUCUGUGAAGACGUUCUUACCACAGAGAAAAAAGUAGGUUUCAAAGACGUCACAGAGUUUAUACAGGCCUUAAGAAUCAGACCGUUAAAACAGGUAGCAUAAUUACGGAAUAACCUAAGAUUCAACAUAGGGAGGCAAAUGAAAUGAGAAAAGUUUGAGUGAGUCAUCUGCACACAUUACAUUUUCAGUGCUUUUAUAAAGAAAAAAGUUGAUCUGUUUUGCUUUAACAUUUUGAUUGGCUGGUUCUUGCCCUAAUGUGGCUUCAGCGUCUGAGCCAUUCCCGACUUAAAUUGACCGUUGUCACAUUUGUAUUGUAAAAGUGCCAUUUAUCUUAUCCUGAGGGUGUGCUGCACUGAGAAGUUAAUUUCUUUGGGUUUUAUGCUUUCUUUUUUCUUGUGUAUUUUGGGUUUGUUUUUUGUCUUGCACAUGUAAUUUGUACAUUUCUGGUUAGCGACCCUAAGACGAUUUAAAACUUCAGAAUGCUGUGUGUUUCUUAUUUGAUAAUCUUCAUUGAUUGAUCUGCAUUUAAUGAACAUUAAACAGUGCAUAUCCUAUAUGCUAUAGGGUUUAGACUGUGUUUGUAUUUUAUAACUCGUAUAGACUGAGCUGAUUGAAAUAAGAUUUUGUUGAGGUGUUCCGGAAUAGAAUACAAGACACAUGCAAAACUGUGUAGGUGUUUCAAGCUUUUCUGCUGUUUAAAAAAAAAACUUUUCACAGCUGCUUUUUGCCACGCCUCCCCCCCCCCAGAGUGAGGAGUGCUGAACAAGACUGUCCCCUAAAACGCUAAUUGGAUGGCAGUUCUAGUCACUUAACCACUGUGGUCUAGACGUUAACUCUUAAUGUGAAGCUGUCUUUAAACGUUUUCAAAAAGUAGACCCUCUUCUGCACCGUAAGAGCAAAACAAAUUCAGAGGUGUCAUGCUUGCUAAUUUCAGAUGCUACAGCGCAGUGAGGGAUGAACACGUUUCUACCCCUUUCAUUCUCAAAUCCUUGAAGACCAAAUAGCUACUCUUGAAGUUAUUCAGCAGUGGACUUAGGAACUGAAGUUGACGAUUUUGCGCAUGUAUCUCUGGGUUCCUGUAUUGGGACUGUCCCACGGCUUUCCUACGUGUCCCUGCGUAUGAAACACUAGUGAUAACGUGAUUGAUACGCGUGGGCGUGCGUUAUAUGUCCUUCUCCGCUUGCCUGUCUGCUCCGUCCUGUUCCGAUACCGACACCAUAAUUAAUCCCUGUCAGGCAUCAUCAGUGAGCCCCGUUUGGCUUUAGAUAAGGCAGUUAUUCAGUCUGCGCCUACCAGAACCGUGUGAUACUAGACGAUUACUACAAAUAGCUUUUGGUGAAACUGUCCAGCUGUCUUGAAAUUUUUGAAGUCACUGCUGUUUCCUGUUGUAGAAAAUAGCACAGGUGUAGUUGAGUCUGUCUGGAAGCUUUUCAAGUUUGACGGCUGUCUGUACUCCACUGGCUGUGUAUGUCAAAAUUAGAAAAUACCUAUCUAUCCAGACCCAAACAUUUAGGGACUUCUUUUUUCUUCCUCCUGCCAUAUAAUUUGUAGCGGAUCUCGUUUCUUUAAUCUUUUCAUGACUUGUUGGAACAGUUUGAAUUUCCCAAAUAUUUAUGUUUAGACAUAUGACUCAGAGUAUAUAUUUAACAUCCCUAGCUGUAUAUAUUUUUAAAGUAAAAUAAGUAAUAGGAAGGAACUUGAUACACAAGUUUAUUACUAAAAUAUCAACUGUGUGAAGAUCCAAUUUAAGAUAUUACUUUCCUUAUUCAUUGAAACAUGGUUUUUUCUAUUGAAGACAAACGGUUUGUGGUUCACAGCCCUCAUCCUGGCUUGAUGAUAAUCAACUUUGAAAAUACAGUGACCCGAAGAGCGGUUUUAUUCUCUGGAGGAUCUCAUUUAAAUCUCUGUACAUCCAUUUUUGCUUCAGUUUGUGUAAAAUUUGCAGUUCUAUAGGACAAAGCAGAGCCUGUGACUAUUGUUUUCAGAAGUUAAACAAGUUAAUAUAUAAAUAAUUCAAAGGGGGUUUUCAUUUACUAUUGAAAAGAAAAAUUUCUCUAAACACGUGUUGGUCCUGCAGGAUUGCACCAAUCAAUUCUUGUAGAAUAAAAACUCUUUCAACAAAC